CCAUCAAAACCCAACCACUGCCCUCUACGUACGUUAGAGCUACCACGAAGUCCAUCGCCUCCAAUCUUAGACCUGACACGCCGUCAAUACGAGAACAAGGCCCUCCCGAGACUUAUAUUUGCCUUCCCAAGGAGGCGCAGCUGGCAGAGUUCAAGCCCGAUGGAUAAGGCAGUUGUCCUCGAAGCACACCCGGAUAUUCGCAACCUGGCUGUCCGAGCCUGUCACGAACACAAUGAAAGCACCUUCUUCAAGACGUCUGAGACUGGAGGAAUGAGUAUGCACGAGUACAAUAUGACAAAAACCCAUGCGGAAAUAUACGAUGCCUUCACAAAACAGCAUGUAAAUGAUCUCAUACCCGACCUAGAGAAGUCUUACGGUACCGGAGCUCUCGUUCGACAGCAUAGUCCGUUUAUAAUGAUGAGCGGUGGAUCACUUCGUUCACAAACAGAACAAACCAUUAUUAUUAUCCCGCUAGGUUACCUCCGGAGCUAUCCAUCUAUGCCGAAACCAGCCAGCGGUUUCGCCGUGGUCCAUAGUGACGGAGACUAUGAACCUGUUGUCUCUACCCGAUCUACUCAGGAUAGCAGAUGGUCUGAGAUAAGGUGGCAGACCGGAACCUAUAUUCGUGUGCCACCCAAUAACCGCGUGAGGGUGGAAGCAGGAAUCCUCUUUUGCCUGAUGGCUAGCAUUACCCCCCAGUCCAGUGAAAGCUAGCGGUCGAGGAAAUUCCCAAUCGUCAAGUCGAGUGCUUUGUCAGAAUCAAUGAGUAAACGAGUCAACAUGCGCAGCUAGCCCGUCAGUGGAGCCGUACCUGAUCGACGGCCGUCGGUGUAUGUAGAUGCCAUAUUAUACAGAAAACCCCAAUUACGUCUAAGAAUCGA